AUUUCCACGGAUCAACAGUGGAGGGGAGACUAGAGCAGGCGGCGCGUGUUGUCCACGGACACUAAACUGUACAAGUUCGACCUUCAACCCUUUUUCAACUACACCAUACCUUAUUCUCCUCUUUCAUUUGUUUCUCUCUCUCUGCUUUCUCUCUCUCUUGAAAGACGACUGUGGCGGGUUAGUUAUACUGAACCCAGUUCUAUGUCUGUUUCUGUAAUCGGUUUCUGUAAAGCAUUCGCCGGCGGCGGGUAUCUGCCAUGGGCGAGAGUCUAGCGCGGCGGCCGGUGUCCGGCGAGAUGUCUGUCUUCAAAGUAUUCAAUUGCCUUGACACGGCACGGCGCCCAACAUAAAAUUAUAGCUCAAUUUUGGAAUAUAUAUAUAUAGAGAGAGAGAGAGAGGGAGAGGGAGAGGGAGAGAGAGAUAAUUAUAUACACACGAACGCAUUGAUUGGGUGUACAGUGGGCCGGCGUGAAAGUUCGCAAGUGUCGGGGACAAUGGCGGCGACGAGCGCUGCGGGAGCAGCGGCGGUGGAGUCGUCGGUGUCGUCGGAAGAGCAGGCGGCGAAGGUGGUCCACAAGAGGUUCGAAGGGUUGGUGAUGGUACGGACCAAGGCGAUAAAGGGGAAGGGCGCGUGGUACUGGACGCACCUCGAGCCGAUCCUCGUCCACAAUUCCGACAACGGCCUGCCCAAGGCGGUGAAGCUGCGCUGCUCCCUCUGCGACGCCGUCUUCUCGGCGUCGAAUCCGUCGCGGACGGCGUCGGAGCAUCUCAAGCGAGGGACUUGCCCGAAUUUCGCUUCCGCGCCAAAGCCGAUUUCGUCGGCGCCGCCGCCGCCGCCUCUUUCCGUGGCGAGCUUGCCGCAGACUGCCGGAAUUUCCCCUUCCUCUUCCCGGCCGCCCCACAGUCAACGGAAACGCCGCGGCGCGGCGGCGAGUGCUAACAAUUCCGGCGGCAUUACAACCGCGUCGCUCCCGGCGCAUCAAUUUGUUCCGCCGUUGGCUAUUGUCGACCCUUCGAGAUUCACAGUGGAUUUAGCGUUCCCGCCGGCAGUCUCAAUCAGCGCUCCGACUGCGACCGCCGUAGCCAGCCCGGUGGCCGUCGGCGGCUUCCCCGGUCAACAACAGAUGGUUUUAUCAGGCGGAAAAGAAGAUUUGGGAGCUCUGGCGAAGCUGGAAAACAGCGUGAAAAGGCUCAAGAGCCCAAAAACAUCUGCUCAGGGGCCAUCUCUGAACAAAGCUCAGGUCGAUUCAGCCCUCGAUUUGCUCUCCGAUUGGGUCUACGAAUGCUGCGGAUCAGUUUCAUUCUCGAGCCUCGACCACCCAAAAUUCAAGGCAUUUCUCAACCAGGUAGGACUUCCUGGGAUUUCCAGGCGAGAGCUCGUGGGUUCCAGGUUAGAUUCUAAGUACGAGGAGGCCAAGGCCGAGUCGGAAGCCAAAAUUCGCGACGCCAUGUUCUUCCAGGUCGCGGCGGAGGGGUGGAAGUCGAGAGAUAGGGAUAGGGAUAGUAAUGUCGGUGGUGACGACAAUUUUGUGCAUUUGGCAGUGAAUCUGCCAAACGGAACAAGUGUGUUUAGGAGGACUGUGUUCACCAGCAGUUUUGUCCCUUCCAAAUACACCGAGGAAAUCUUUCUGGACACCAUUACAGAGAUUUGUGGGAGCAAUGUUCAUCAGUGUGUGGGGAUAGUUUCAGACAAGUAUAAGGCCAAGGCAUUGAGGGAUUUAGAGAAUCAGCACCAUUGGAUGGUUAACAUUUGCUGUCAGUACCAAGGUUUCCAGAGCCUGAUUAAGGAUUUCGGGAAGGAUCUUCCCUUGUUCAAGAAUGUGAGUGAGAAUUGCUUAAAAUUGGCCAAUUUUGUUAACAACAAGUCUCAAAUACGCCAUAGUUUUCACAGGUACCAACUUCAGGAAUACGGCCGCGCCGCUUUGCUUAGACUGCCCUUGCACGGUUACAAAAGAUCCGAUUUUGGAGCCAUCUACUCCGUUGUAGAGGACAUACUCAGCUCCGCCCGAGCUCUUCAGUUGGUACUCUCAGAUGAAUCCUACAAAGUUUCAUUAAUGGAGGACCCCACCGCCCGAGAAAUUGAAGAAAUGAUGAGGAAUCCUCAGUUUUGGAAUGAGUUAGAAGCCGUGCACUCUCUGGUUAAGCUCAUAAGAUCAAUGGCACAAGAGAUUGAGACAGAGAAGCCGAGAAUCGGGCAAUGCCUGCCCCUUUGGGAAGAACUCAGGCAGAAGGUCAAAGAAUGGUGCUCUAAGUUCCACGUCGUCGAAGGCCACGUCGAGAAAGUAAUCGACAGAAGGUUCAAGAAGAAUUACCAUCCAUCCUGGUCGGCUGCAUUUAUACUCGACCCACUUUAUCUUAUGCGCGACGCGAGCGGGAAGUACUUGCCGCCAUUCAAAUUCCUGACUCCCGAGCAAGAAAAGGACGUGGACAAGCUCAUAACCCGCCUUGUCAUGAGAGAAGAGGCUCACAUUGCUCUUAUGGAGCUGAUGAAGUGGAGAACCGAAGGGCUCGACCCUGUGUAUGCGCAGGCGGUGCAGUUAAGGCAGAGGGAUCCGAACACGGGGAAGAUGAAGAUCGCCAAUCCUCAGAGCAGCAGGCUUGUGUGGGAAACACACCUGAGUGAGUUCAAAUCGCUGGGGAAGGUCGCGGUUAGGCUGAUCUUCCUACACGCAACGUCGCGGGGCUUCAAAUGCAAUUGGUCUCUUCUGAAAUGGGCGAGCGCGCAUUGCCAUUCGAGGGUGGGAAUGGAGAGGGCUCAAAAGUUGAUCUUUAUUUCAGCUCAUUUGAAGAUGGAGAAGCGAGAGUCAUCGUCGUCGUCUGGCUAUGAUGAAGAUAAGGAUAUCGAGCUUUUCGCUCUGGAGAACGGCGAGGAUGAUGUGCUUAAUGAAGUUUUCGUCGAUACAUCGUCUGUGUAAGAUAAAGCUCGAAAUCUGUCUGCGUCGAUCCGGCCGGCGAUUACGACGAUGCUUGAAGAAGGGAAGCUGUUGUCUCCCCGGAGACAACGCAGGAUCAAAAGGUGUCCGAAAGUGACUGAUAACGAGGAUGAACUAACCAACUGAAGGCAUGGAAAUGUGCCAGUUUCACCUUAGUAACUUCCAUGGCAGUGCUUAGGUCGUUCUACCCUAAUCUCAUCCUUCUCCAUUGAUGGUUCGUGAAUGUCAGGACAAUCAUGGCCUUGGGCUGGACUGUAAGAAAGAAGAAGAAGAAGAAGAAGAAGAUAAAGAUAAUGGGAUAAUUAGUACUAGUAUUACUGUUUUGUGUUUUGUUCGAACUCAAAGCCAAUCACUACAUUAUUCUAGUAAUGGAAAAAUGAACUAUUUUUAGCACAAUAAUAAUUUUUCUGCACUGGAAAAUUUGAAUUA